UCAAUUAUUUGCAACAUCCUUGUGUAAGGAUAAUAGUAACAACAGCAACAAAAACGACGACAACUUAAUAGCAUAAUACAGCAGAAGCAGCAACAACAACAACAACAAUAACAGUAAACACAGCAAGAGUAUUUAACAUGAUUAAUGAAAUGGCAACAAUACAAACAGACCUUAAAUUGGAGAAUCACAUAAAGGAUUUUGCGACAACUCUUAAACACAAUAAUAACAACAACAACACCAAUAACAGUACACACACAUUAACAACAAUGAAAACAGCAGCACCGAAUCUAACAACUACAACAACAACAUCAUUAACAAAUAUCGAUACCAAAAAUAUAAUGGACACCAUUAAGGAAUCACCCAUGCAAAUGUUCUACAAGGAUAAAGGUGUUUUCUUGACUGGUGGCACGGGAUUUUUCGGUAAAAUUAUAAUUGAAAAACUUUUGCGUGUCACCGAUGUUGGUCAAAUUUUUUUGCUGAUACGUACGAAAAAGGGAAAAGAUGUACAAUCUCGUCUAGAUGAUCUAUUCAAUGAUCCAGUUUUCGAACGCUUGAAAAAAGUCAAUCCACAAUAUCGAGAAAAAAUCACCCUCAUCUCCGGAGAUGUAUCACAACUGGGUUUGGGCAUCAGCACAGAAGAUCGUGAGUUGCUUAAAGAUAAUGUGAAUAUUGUCAUACAUGGUGCUGCUACAGUACGUUUUGAUGAAAAACUAAAAAUGGCCAUUGCCAUUAAUGUCAAUGGUACAAAGGAAAUUUUAAGAUUAUCUAAGGAAAUUGUUCACCUUAAGGCAGUGGUGCAUGUGUCCACAGCAUUUGCUCAUUGCAACCGUCGUUAUAUACAAGAGAAAUUCUAUAAUUCCCCUUUGUCAGGUGAUAAUGCCUGCAAACUGAGUGAGUGUUUGGAUGAGCAGACUUUGAACUUGCUGACGCCCACCAUUAUUAAGGGCUACCCGAAUACAUACACAUUUACAAAAGUCUUGGCUGAGGAUGUGGUACAAAACUAUGGGAAUUUGCCAGUUACCAUAUUUCGUCCGGGUAUAGUUAUAACUACCUACCGUGAACCCAUUACCGGAUGGAUAGACAUGUAUGGUCCCUGUGGCAUUAUUGUGGGCGUAGGUUCGGGCGUUUUACGUGUUUUUAGCGGUAAUGUGGACAACAAGGCCCAAUUAGUGCCUGUGGAUUUGUGUGUCAAUGCCUUGUUAACUAGUGCCUGGGAUAUUGCUAGAAAUACGUAUUUUGACAACCCACCCAUUUAUAAUUAUGUACCGGAUGCCAACAAUUCAACAUGGCGUGAAUACAUUACAUUUGGUACGGAAUGUGGUAAAAGCUUGCCGUUACGCAAAUCGAUUUGGUAUCCACGUUUUACGAUUGUUCCCACAAAAUUUCAAUUUAUAUUGGCAUUUUUCUAUCAUACAUUACCCGCCCUCUUUAUGGACAUGUUAAUGCUGGUGAUUGGUAAAAAGCCCAGGAUGUUAAAAAUUUAUCGCAAAAUCCACAAAUUCUGCUCACUGAUGGAAUAUUUUUCGGCAAAUGAUUUCAAAUUCGACAAUGACAAUGUGCGAGCACUCUCCAGUAAAUUGGAAUCAGCGGAUAAAGAAUUGUUUGCAUUCGAUAUGCGCAAUCUAAACUGGACCGAAGUGUUUCAAUUGAGUUUAGUGGGUGUACGCCAGUAUGUGGUUAAAGAUGAUCCUAGCACAAUACCGGAAUCAAUGAAACGACAUGAACGCUUAAAGAUUUUACACUACACCACUCUGUUUGUGGUCUACACGUUGACGGCGGUGUUGCUGUAUCAGAUGUUUAAAUUUUUAUUUUUGUAAAAGCGAUUUUUGGGAAAUUGUUCAUUUCAAAAAAUAUAUAUUUGUCUCUGUACAAGUGUGUGAGUGUUAUUUGAAGAUUAUUAUUCUGAUUUAUUAUUAUUAUUUUUAUUUUAUUUUAUGUUUUUUUUUUUGUUUUUUUAUAGUAAAUAAUAUUUUGUAUGUACUUAUUUACCAAAAGUUAUUUAUAGUUUUAUACAAUUUUUAACAUACAAAAAAUAUGUCUGUACUUUAUUAAGGAUAUUCACUUUAACGAGGUUUGAGGAUAAAAAUUUAAUUAAAAUUUUACUUUUAAAUGCUAUUUUAUUGUUUUGAAAUCUAGUAAAAAAAUACUCGUUACGUGUUUACACCUUUCUUAUAAUUUAACUAUUUUAUUUCACUUUCAGUUUAUAUUUUAUGUUUCAAAAUGUGUAUUUUUUGUACUUUUAGUUUUCUAGUUUUAUGCCCUUCUUUUUGUUAAAAAGAAAAUGUAUAAUUUUACUAAUUGUUUAAGUAAUAUUUUUUUUAUUAUAAUGGGUAAAGUCAAGUAAAUAUUUUUUUUUAAUAAAAAUUACUAUAAAAAAGAAAACCA